AUGGCAGCUUCACUCUCUCAGCUCUCUGCAUGCGUCACUCGCAUCCUCUCCCUCACUGGCUUCCCCAAGGAGCUCAAGACAAGGGAUAUCCAGGCCGCGUUCUCCGAAUGGGACAGCGUGAACGGUGGCUUCAAGAUCAAGUGGAUUAACGAUACCAGUCUCCUGAUUGUCUUUAAUGAUGCUACCGUCGCUAAGCGGGCAUACCUCCAUGCCCUCGCCUUCCCUCCUUCGAUCUUCACGUCUGCGAGCACCCAAACGAGUGCUACCAUCAAACCAUACGACGGACCGGAUGCUCAGGACAUCAUCACGUCCGUCAACUCGCGUACGCACAACAACUCGGGACGCGGCCACAACGUACGCGGCUCCGUCUCCCACAACCGCGGUGCCUCCGUCAGCCACUACAACCGCAACCAGAACGCGUCCGGCGGGAGCAUCCAGACCAACGGCAGCGCCAUCGACCAGGCGGCCACCCGCGACCGCGAGCCGUCCCCCACGCUCCCCAACCUCCCCUCCCACCCCACUCUGAACGCGCUCAUCUCCUCGUCACUCGGCGGCGACGUGUCGCCUAUCGAUCCGACCGCGUCUGAUCCUGCCGUCCUUGCUGCGAUGCCUGAGCACGGCGCUCCACGCAUCGGCGACCCGGGCAAGCGGAUGCUCGGCGCUGCGCUCGGCGUGCGGCACCCUGGGCUGGGUCCCCGGGUCAUCGGCGGCGCUGGAAACUCGGUCGAGCAGGUGCAGCGGGCGAUGAGCGGGCUCGUGGUGAGCGAGUAG